UGUCUGAUUAAUAACAUUUUGUAAAAGUAAAUAAAAAAUUUAAAAAAUUUUUUUAUAAUAAUUAAAAACGUAAAAUACGCGAGGAAAUGACGGCGUAAGGGCAAAACACGCCGACAAAAUGUUUUGAUAAAGCACCAUAAAAGGUAACAUUGUAAAGAGGAAGAGAAAACGAGAUCUGAAAAUUCGGCCCCCACACUCAAAGUACGAUAAAAAAAACAUUAGAAAUAUAUUAGAAGUGAUUUACUUGCAAGUAAAACGAAAAGCACUCUACUUCAAUACUUAUUAAACAUAUAUCGAUAUAUAAACAUAAUUUAAAGACAAUGUCCAGUCGAAGACCAAACCUGCGUAUGACCAUACAAAAGGAUCCAGAACCAGAAUUGGUUCCCCCCCGUAAUCUCGACUCUAGCACUACCAUACAGAUUGGCGAACGCACCUUCGAGAUUGAUGCCGACAGUUUAGAGAAAAUAUGUGAUUUGGGACGUGGCGCCUAUGGCAUUGUAGAGAAGAUGCGUCAUGAGCAAACGAAUACUGUUAUGGCUGUCAAACGUAUUACAGCCACUGUAAAUCGGAAAGAACAGAAGCGUCUACUUAUGGAUUUGGAUAUAUCGAUGCGUUCCAGUGAUUGUCCAUACACUGUACACUUCUAUGGCGCGUUAUUUCGUGAAGGCGACGUCUGGAUAUGUAUGGAGGUCAUGGAUACCAGUUUAGAUAAGUUUUAUCCGAAAGUCUUCAAACACAAUCUAGUAAUGGAAGAAAGUGUCUUAGGAAAGAUUGCUAUGUCUGUGGUAAAUGCUUUACAUUAUUUACAUGCACAAUUAAAAGUUAUACAUCGUGAUGUCAAACCAUCUAAUAUACUGAUCAAUCGCAAUGGUGAAGUUAAAAUGUGCGAUUUCGGCAUUUCAGGUUACCUGGUUGAUUCAGUGGCUAAGACGAUAGAUGCGGGUUGUAAACCUUAUAUGGCACCCGAACGUAUUGAUCCUACUGGUAAUCCUGCUCAGUACGAUAUACGUUCAGACGUCUGGUCGUUGGGUAUUAGUAUGAUCGAAAUGGCUACAGGUAAAUUUCCUUAUAAAUCGUGGAAGACACCUUUCGAACAAUUACGACAAGUGGUUAAAGAUGAUCCGCCACGAUUGGAGCCGGGCGCAUUUUCAACAGACUUUGAAGACUUUAUAACAAAAUGCCUGCAAAAGAAUUACACAGCACGGCCCAAUUAUGAACGAUUACUGCAACAUCCCUUUAUCUCAGAACAUAUUAGACGUAAUACGGAUAUUUCAGAAUUUGUAACCAGAAUAUUAGAUUUGCCCGAAUAGAAAUUUCUUAACGGAAAUGAUGAAAAGAGAUACGGGCAGAAGAUGGCGGGAUUCUUCAAAUUUUUAUACGUAAAUAGCAACGAUUGAAUAUACGAUAAACAAAUUCAGCAGUAUAUAGCUUUUCUGUCAUUAACUCUGAAUAGAUGCAAGCGCAUGAAGAAUUUUAGCGAAAUGCCGCCAUGCAUAUGAAAAAUAUUUUGCAUAAAUUUGAUAAAAUAUCUAUAUUUUUAUACAUGAAAGAAAGGAUUUACAGCAGCUGCUGUGUACGGAACUGGUAAAGUUUAAGUUAGAAUACUAUAGCCGCGUACGCGUGUAUUUAUGUAAUUGUGUCAAUUCGUUUUUAAUUUAUUAAAAUUCAAACCUAUGUUUGUUUAACCUAUAAGUAAAGAAACAACUGUGUCCACAUACGAAAUAUAUUUUGUAGAACUGUAACAAUUUGUUAAUAUUGAGCAGCAAUUUAUAAGUGAAUCAGAUUAAGUUAUAUAAGAAAAUUAAAUAAAAAAAAUAAAUAAACGAAACAUA